UUCCGCGCGCCGUAGCAUUAAGCUUCACAACAACAGCCGCCUGUAGUCAGCAACGUUCUGCGGCGACUCGCUGUGCCUGUUUACCUCAUCACAGUGCAGGACAUAUAAACCGGACAUUUCUUCCUUUCUUCCUCACGUGUCGUGUAUCUGACCGGUUCGGUCGUGUGAACGUGUGUGUCUGUCAGCCAUGCUGCUUCACUUGCCAUGAGAUGACAUGGAUAAACUGAAGAGUUUGGUUGAGGAGGAAAGCUCUCAGGAGCGAGGAGAGCUACACACAUGGAGAGGUUACUCCUACAGCGUCACUCCAGAGAAAGUGCUCCUCUCUCGACCCGUGCUCCAGGCUGCCCUCGGGGCUAAACAUGGAGUUCUCUUGUUAGAGGGUGGGCAGGUGUACAGUUUUGGAGAAUUACCAUGGAAACAGAACCCGUCAUGUAUGAAAACGACAGACCCUAUUUUGGAGGCGGGUCUGAGCGAGAAGCGCGUGGUUUCCGUGGCUGCGGGGACGCUCCACAAUGGGGCGGUGACGGAGGAUGGAGCCGUGCACAUGUGGGGGGAUAAUACGUACGGUCAGUGCGGCCUGUCAGGACUCUCGGUCGUCCCUAAUCCCACUCCCGUGGGCGUGGUGGCCAGUGAGAUCGUGCCCCCUCGGCCGGUGAGGAUCGCGGAGCUGGCGUGUGGCGAACAGCACACGCUGGCACUUUCGGUUACGCAUGAGGUGUGGUCAUGGGGCAGCGGCUGCCAGUUGGGCUUGCACGCCACGUCUUUUCCCGUCUGGAAGCCGCACAAGGUGGAGCACCUAGCCGGAAGACAUGUACUACAGGUAGCAUGCGGAGCCUCGCACAGCCUUGCGCUGGUGCGCUGCCCACCUCCUCCUCAUGAUCCGCGAAGACCUCCCGAAGACAAAUGUGGCCAGUGCAACCAAUCACUUUACACCAUGACCGACAAGGAGGAUCAUGUCAUCAUCUCAGAUAGCCACUACUGCCCCCUUGGCGUAGAACUCGACGAAGACGAUAACAAAUCUUCCCUGGAGUACGGUCGCGUUCACGGGUCUCCUAGUUCGAGGGGCAAGAUGAAAAGCUCUCCAUCUGAACCGCUUCUAAUGACGCACACGUCCAUGUCUAGCUUUGUCCAUGCACAUACUUCUGUUCCUGAAUCUCAGGAUCAGGAUCAAACGGCAGGGGAAGUGUCAGUUCAGUCUGAAACUAAAGAUCUGGAGCAGUCUCAAGCUCCGGUGGCUAACGGUGAGGUGUUUGAAACAGCCACAGAGCCAAGCACUCAUGAGACAGAGAACACCAAGAGUGCCCAGGGGUCAAUUGGGACAGGCCCCAAAUCCUCUCAAUACCCAGACGAGCAGGCACUCAAAGAUUACCUGAAGAGGCUUUCGGAUCAGACGCAGGCCGAGCAGACAGCUAAGAGCCCCAGUACAGCUCAGUGUGCACAGCCUGUCACUGAGCCGACUGUCGUUUUCACCUUGGACUCCUCGACCCCCGUGGCACAGUCGGUCACCCCGAUGGGCUCUGCUCUGAACAACCUGGUGGUCUCUUAUGCGUCGGCCGUAGGGGAGAGAGUCGCGUCCACGUACGAGGCCCUCUCUCUGAGGAAGGUCAUCAGCUACUGGGGUCCAGUUGAGGAGAGAGUGCGUCAGGAGGAGCAUAAACAAGGCAAGAAAAGCUCGAGUCUGGGAGACAUCCGUGAAGAGGAGGCUGAGGGGUUGAGUCGCCGCCUCUCACUCCCCGGCUUGCUCUCACAGGGUACAUGCGCUCUCCAUAUCUUAUACCACCACAUGUUGUCCCCACGUCUCUUACGGAGGGUGAGUCGGCCACGUGACUGCACCGUCGCCCUCACCCCAGCUGGUGUAGCUGAAUCAGACGCCCGCUUGCCCUCUCUGCAGACGGAGGUGUGGAGCUGGGGGGAGGGGCAGGAGGGGCAGCUCGGACACGGAGAUGUCCUGCCCAGACUGCAGCCGCUGUGUAUUAAGAAUCUGAGCGGUAAAGAGGUCAUCAGAGUGGCUGCAGGUGCCCUCCACUCACUCGCCCUGACUGCCCAGUCACAGGUGUACUCCUGGGGCAGUAACAGCUUUGGUCAACUGGGGCACAUGGAAUCCCCCAGCACUGUGCCACGUCUUGCCAAGCUGUCAGAGGGGAUUCGUGCAUGGGACGUGGCGGCAGGACAGCACCACACUCUCCUGCUGGCCGACGGUGACUGCCUUCAGCCCAUCCUCUACUACAGCGGUCAGCAGGUGAAGGAGGGAUCCGGCGAGACAGCCCAGGAGGAGAGCGGAGGCUACACACAGCAACCCGUACUGCUGCCCUUCUGCAUGAACCUGGGCUACGUGAGCAGUGUGAGCGCAGGUGGACAGAUGUGUGCAGCGAUAGCUGACCGCAACGUGGUGGGUUUAAUCGCCAAUCUCCACGAGCUGGCAGCAGCCGAGAGAAAGUACUACUGCAAACUGACCAACAUCCAGAGCUCGCUUCUACAGCCACUGCUUAAACUGGAAUCUUUAAGCUCUGCGCUAGGCCCCGCCUGCACCGGACUCCUCCAGAAUCUGAUCGGUCGAUUCAGCCGCCUGUCACAGUUGACCGGUCAGAACUCUGCAUCCUUGACCUCCUUCCUGCGCCGCUCACGAGAUCUCCGAGGCCUGAUUCUCCUUGACAAUGCGCAUCUGUUCCUGGACACGUAUUCUGAGUUCUGUGCUGCAGUGGGAAACAUGCUGGUCAUGGGCGGCUUUCAGGCUCUUGUUAAACCUUGCCAGGAUGUGUUCGGGAAGGGCGCAGAGACGGUGCAGAAACUGUCUGAGUGUUCAGAAGACGGUGCCAUGCUGUCCGACGUUCUGGCUCAUCUCUUUUACCUUCCUCUCCGCCAUCUCCACGUGUAUAGCCACCUGCUGCUCAAACUCGCCUCCUGCUACGAUCCGAGCUGUGCGGACUAUCAAAAGCUGCAGGAGGCCUGCUCCAAGUAUGAGGCUAUGGCUCUUCAUCUGAAGAGGAAGAGGAAGGAGGCCGAGUACACGCUGCACUUCUGGAGGAACUUCCCGGGAAAGAUGACAGACUCUCUGCGCAAACCAUCCCGCCGCUUGGUGUGCGAGAGCAGCAACAAAGCCCUGACCCUACAGAACGCCGGACGCUUCUCCGUCAACUGGUUCAUCCUUUUCAACGAUGCUCUCGUCCACGCCCAGUUCUCCACUCAUCACGUCUUCCCCUUGGCCACGCUGUGGGUGGAGCCCAUGUCCGACGACAACGCCGGCCUGUACGGCUUGAAGCUGACGUCACCUGAGGAAAGCUUCACGCUGCUGGCUGCCUCGCCGUCCGAAAAGGCGAAGUGGUUGCGUGCCAUAAAUCAGGCAGUGAUGCAGGCGCUGAGUGGGGCGGGGUUACACGAGGCCCCUCCUACCUCCGGGGCAGGAUUGAGAGCAGACCCUCCCAUUUCCCGAACCGCUUCCUAUACCUUCUAUAAGGACAGCAGGUUGAAGGACGCCGUGUACGAGGGCCGCUGGGUGGCGGGAAAACCUCACGGGAGGGGCGUGUUGAAAUGGCCGGAUGGAAGGAUGUACACCGGGGAAUUUAAGAACGGAUUCGAGGAUGGGUUUGGAGAUUUUAUUCUUCCUAACAAGAACCUUAACAAGAGCGAUCAUUACCAGGGACACUGGAAGGAUGGCAAGAUGCACGGAUUCGGGACCUUCAGCUACGCCACAGGAGAAGUGUACGAGGGCUCGUUUCAGGAUAACAUGCGUCACGGCCAUGGCAUGCUGCGGAGCGGCAAGCUGAACUCCUCCUCCCCCAGCGUCUUCAUCGGUCAGUGGCUGAACGACAAGAAAACUGGCUACGGCGUGUUUGAUGACAUCACAAGAGGAGAGAAGUACAUGGGUGUAUGGCAGGAUGAUCAGAAGCAGGGGCACGGUGUCAUCGUCACACAGUUCGGACUCUACUACGAGGGCUCUUUCAGCAGCAAUAAAAUGACGGGUACCGGGGUAUUACUGUCAGAAGACGACACCAUGUUUGAGGGGGAUUUCUCAGAAGACUGGACUCUUAAUGGAAAGGGUACUCUGACGAUGCCUAACGGUGACUACAUCGAGGGUUCCAUCAGCGGGGUCUGGGGAACCGGCCUGAAGAUAUCAGGGUCCUACUACAAACCCAGCCUAUACGACUCGGAAAAGGACAAGAGCCGAGCGCUUAAACUGGGCCGGUUUUCCGUUCAUCCUGAGGAGAAGUGGAAGGCAGUGUUUGGGGAAUGCUGGAGUCAGCUGGGAUGUGACACACCAGCACAGGGAGAGACCAGGAUGGCAUGGGACAACAUCGCUAUAGCGCUGACCACUAACAGGAGACAGCACAGAGACAGUCCUGAGCUGCUGACUCGGUCCCAUAGUAAAACCCUGGAAAGCCUGGAGUUCAUCCCUCAGCAUGACGGCCCUGUUACACUGGAGAAAUACGACACCAUUCGCCGCUACCUCAUCAAGGCCUGUGACACUCCGCUGCACCCACUGGGCCACUUGGUGGAGAAGCUGGUAGCCGUGUACCGGAUGACGUACGUGGGCGUCGGAGCGAACCGCAGGCUGCUUCAGCAGGCCGUCAACGAGAUCAAAUCCUACCUCAGCCGCAUCUUUCAGAUUGUCAGGUUUCUGUUUCCUGAUCUUCCAGAGGAAGGCGGGUUGCUGGUUGAAGCUCCAACCGAAAAGAAGGAAUCCAAGUCCACUAGCAGUGAGCUCGAGUCUCCGAAGCCGGGUCGUGUGGUCAGCAGCUCUGCCCUGCUCCUGCCCGUGUUGCUGCCGCGUCUCUACCCGCCUCUCUUCACGCUUUACGCUCUGGAUAAGGAGAAGGAAGACGACGUGUACUGGGACUGUGUGCUGCGUCUCAACAAGCAGCCUGAUCUCGCUCUGCUCGCUUUCCUCGGAGUGCAACAGAAAUUCUGGCCUGUCACCAUUACAGCACUCGGGGAAAAGCAACAGGUCGUACCCAGCACUAAAGAUGCGUGUUUCGCCUCGGCGGUGGAGACACUACAGCAAAUCAGCACAACCUUCACUCCCUCAGACAAGCUGCAGGUCAUCCAGCUGACCUUCGAGGAGAUAACCCAGGAGGUGCUUACCUUACUCAAACAGGACUUCCUGUGGUCCAUGGAUGACCUGUUUCCUGUUUUCCUCUACGUAGUGCUGCGUGCUCGUAUCAGGAACUUGGGGUCAGAAGUCAGUCUGAUAGAAGACCUCAUGGACCCGUGUGUGCAGCACGGAGAGCACGGCAUCAUGUUCACUACAUUGAAGGCGUGUUACUAUCAAAUUCAGCAUGAGAAGAUCACAUAAGGAGAACAACGUACAGACGGACCGGCAGCACACUAUCAUGACGGACAGGUGAUGAGCUGAUGGUGGGCGGGGCCAGGAUCACGGUGCCAGGCGGAAAACACACAUCCUGAACAUUCCUGUGUAUUUUUUUUUUUCUUUUGUAAUAUAUCUCUUUCAGUCUGAUACAUCUCUUCCAGUUCAACCAUUUUUUUGUUGAUUUUCAAAUCUCUCUCUUUAUGAAUUUUCUCUUUAAAGUUCCUUCACUUUUUCCUGAAUGUGAAAAUUCUCGACACAGGACACGUGAUGCUGCAAUAGGGUGCCAUUACUUUUUAUUCCUCAGCGUAACAGCCUGAGAUUAACAAAUCCCGUGUCUUACAUAACACACUGACUGAUGGUUGACGUUUGCAUCGUUCACAUGAAGGAGUGACCGGAUGCUGUCGGUGGUCACAUGCUCCUCCAACAGCCAAUCAGACGCCUGGAUUUUUUUGACCUGCUGGAUUGCAUUGAAGGAGGGUUUUUUAAUCAUAUGCACAAUUUGCUCAUUUUUUUCUUGACUGUUUUGCAGAGACUUGAAGUGUUGCUAGUUUUUCUGGUUCUCGUGCUACAGUGAAGUUAUUUUAGAAUUUUUUAUUUUACACAAUCUUUACUAUAAACAUGUUACUAGAAUUCUUUCACAGAAGAAGACUGUGAUUUUUUUUUUUUUUUGUUCCUUAUGUGACAGUCGUGUGUGUGUGUAUGUGUGUGUGUGUGUGUGAGAGAGAACUAGAGUGUUGCAUACAGCAAUACUUUUUACAGUAUUCUGGACUGACCGUGAUGUCAGCGUGACAGUUUUUAAUAACUGAUGUUUUAUUUAUUUAAGAUAAAGAUAAAGACGUCCAGUUGCGGUGAGAAUCUGUACGAUGUCUGUGGAUCUGAUAUACUGACUCUAUACUGUCUUACUGAAGUAGCGGACGAUACGCAGUGCAGACAGACACCGGAAUCUCGUACAGCGUCGACGCGAAGUUCGCUCAGAGGUGUAGGUUUCGGACAGAACGAGACCGGAUCGUUUCUUCCAGAUCCUGAUCGAAUCAGAACCUCUUUUCGGUUCGGACGUUGUACUCCCCAGCUCGGUGUCGCUCUCCUGCAGUGUUUCGCUGUGUAAACGUCAUCUUGCCGAGACAUUGUGACGGUUUGGUCCUGUCCGGCUGGUGAAGUGUCUUUGUGUCAAGAGCAGGCAAUAAAAUGGCUGAUGGAA